CCCCGCACUCGAGGCUGCCGCCUGUGUUUGCUGUACCGUACGCGGUACGGUGAGUCGGUAUUUGAUACAGCAAAGCGACGCGGACAGACGAGCAGCGGAGAGCGGCGGCGGCGCACGCACGCACCUGCUGUGUGAACAGAAAGAGAAAGUAAAUAUGAUGAAAGUUGCUGGAAGUUUCCGCUUCGUUACAUACGCGGCGCUUUCUCUUCUUCUUGUCAUUUUUACCGGCGUGGGUGACGGCAGGAAUACGUCGUGCACCACACCCUCCCUGUUGCCACCCAAUGGGAGCGCAUCCUGGGGCGACUACGUGAAGUUCAUCAACGCCCCCAGCAGGGUGAUUGACGGCUAUGACCUCUCGGUGCGGUACCUGUGCACGCGGCCCUGCGUGGUGGGCGUGGACGUGGUGGCUCCCUCAGAGUGGAGGUCCGGGCCCCUGGUUUUUCAGAGGACUUGGACGAGUGUCCCGGGCCCCCAGGGGGCAGCUAGGAGGCACUCGCUUCGACUGCGGUUCCCCGCCGCCAUGGCCUACCAGAGGGACUUCUUCAUCAGGAGCCCAAUAGACACCCACGAUAUGAUUCUGAGGGCUUGGCUGGACCACGUAGAGAGGCCGAACGGGAGUGUCGGCGGGCUGGACUCCUACCACGGGGCCCUGGUGCAAACGUUCCUGGUGCUGGAGGUCCUCCCCCCUUCCGAGCGCCCAGUCAAGCAGCAUAGGACCUGCCUGUCGUGGGGGGCCGAGCUAAUGUGGAUCCUUAGCCGUGACAAGGGCGGCUGGUGCCCUCGCGAAUCAGACACCAUAGACCUUCUGACUUUCCCACUGGCCAGCACCGGUGAGAGGUUUGGAGCGAUUCGUCAGUUUAAGCCUUUCCUCAACGAAGACCUCGAAGACAUUCGUUCCCGGCUUGUGGAGGAGCCCAGGCUUGCUCUCUCUGUGUGGAUCUACCUGCUGAACUGGUGCAACAGGCAGCUGUGUGGGAUCCUCCAGCAUGUGAACUCAGACAACCAGUUUGACACACCCUUGGUGCUGCUUGCCAAUAAAGGCGACGUGAUCUUCCAGGUGCGCCUGGUGUCCGGGGAAGACCGAGGCUUCCGCGCGCACACAGGCCUUGCUCUUAGGGUGUGGCACCGACUGGACUUCUUUGUGGAGGCAUCCAAGGUUAUCUGCAAAAUUUUUCCAUUCUGUAUGAAUAAAUGGAUAAUGUUUUUCUCAUUAAUGUGGUACGUGUCACAGGUAACACUCCAGGUGAUGUCCCUCGUUACAGCAGCAGAAAUGGUCAGAAAGGAAUACGCAUAUGUGUUUCGGGGUGAUGUCCACUAUAAUGACACAGCUGGGCAUUUUGUUAUUGGAGGAGGCAAGUUCAUGCCAGGCUUCCAAGGUUACCUUGGGCCCAUCAGAUACCACCGUUUGGGUGCAGAGGAGAUCGUGAACCCUCUGUCACCUGUGAGCGCCGCCUUGGCGUUAGAUCAGACUCAUCGAACCUGCGAGGAGAUCAGAGCAGCCGUUGGAGAUUUCCUGCAGGCUCUGGGUGACACUAAGGAAGAUCAUCGCACGAGCAGGUCAUUCCAUGCAGAUCUGAGACUGAGGUACGGGAGGAAGACCUGUAAGGCCCCAUCCAUUGAACCAGGACCUCUGCAUCAUUGCCUUCAGCAGAUGCUCAAGGAUGUUGACCAGAACUUGAUGGCAGGUUCCUGGGACAGAAAUGUCAUGCAGGACUUUGGGAGGUGGCUCUUUGAAGAUGUUCAGGAUAGACUGUCUUGGGGGUCAGUGGCCACCGUGACACCCGUCCUUCAGUUGUCCAGCUGUCUGGGACACUCCCAGGCAUCCCUUCUUCUGGCUGCUGUUUACCUGGCUGGAUUUGGAGUCCCCGUGGACACCCUGCAGGGUCAUGUGUACAGUCUGAUGGGCGCUCAGGCAGACCACCGCUUGGCACUCAUGCAUCUCGGGUACAAACAUGCUCUGGGAAUCGAUGGCUUCCCCCAAGAUCACGACAUGGCCUAUGGUUACUACAGCAACUUGGGAAAGCAGAGCUGUGCUGAUCGAUGGCAGACGCAGGCGACUGAACAAUACAUCACAGAGCACAUCCUGCUCGCGGACGAGGCGGGUCUCAGGGCUCAUGCUGAUGAUAGAGAUGACAUCUUCCAUUUCAUCAAGUUUCAAGCUGAAAGAGGAGACCUCGAGUCACAGAAAGCGUUGGCCAGAAUGCUCUUCUGGGGAGAGCAAGGAGUGCCGAAGGACAUGAAGGCCGCUUUGCGGUGGUACGCACGGAGCGCCAUGAGGUUGACCGAUGCUCGUGCCAUGUAUGAUUACUCCAUCUUACUGCUGAAGGGCCAAGGUGUGAAGAAGAACACCACUUUGGGGCGUGAGCUGAUGGAAAAGGCUGCGUCCAUGGGUUUGCCCGAAGCUAUCAAUGGAAUGGGAUGGUAUUACAGCACCUUCAUGGCGGACACAGAGACAGCCGUGAGGUACUUUGAGAGAGCCGCCCAGAAUGGGAGUCGGGAUGCGGUCUACAACCUCGGCCUCUUCUACCUCAGUGGCAGCUACCCAGGAAAACCAGGGAAGAACCAGUCUAUGGCGUUUGAGCAUUUCCUGAACGCAUCCCUGAAAGGACACGCCGAUGCGUCCGUGGAGGCGGCCUGGUACUACGCUACGGGAAUCCUGCAGAGUGUCGACCGGGCUCCGGAGAAAGCCGUCGUCUUGUUAAAGAGGAUCUGUGAGCAGAACGGCUACCUGGGCUCCAUCCUCAGGAAAGGACUCAACGCUUACCUCCGGGGGUCUCGAGAAAAGGCACUCCUGAGUUACCUGCUAGCAGCUGAGACGGGACUGGACUCGGCCCAGAGCAAUGCAGCCCACCUGUGUGAGGAGCUGGGAGACAGCCAAGGAUACGGCUGCGCGUGGCGCUACUACAACCACUCCACCUACAACUACUCUCCUCACUCUUCUGUCUUCUUGAAGGUGGGAGACUUCUACUACUACGGCCAACAUAAUCAGACCCAGAACAUUAGCCUGGCAAUGUGGAUGUAUGCCAGGGCAGCCUUUGCAGGUAGCCCCCAGGGAAUAUUCAACCUGGCAGUAAUGUUUGAAGCAGGACACGAUAUUCCUCAGAAGGUGCAAGAAAAGUUCAGGAUUACCAAGCAGGACCAGCUGGACAGGAGUGCGGUUCUGGAGAAACUCUAUCAAAGCUGCAGGAGGCUCGAACCUGAGGAGGACUUGUCUCCCUGUUCACUAGCGCUCCUCACCAUCCAGCUGAGGUCAGCCUGCUGGAGCUUAACUCACAGCUCCACAAAGUCUCUACUGGUCUGUGUUAUUGGCGUUGCUGCGGUCGUAGCCUUGCUCAUCAUCUUGACAGAGUGCUCCCCCCUCCGAGUCAACACAGCAGCUACUGGGCACCAUGGAGACAACAGGAGUAGCACUGAUUCUGUGAACCGUGCCUGGGCUCAGGGGGCAGGGACACCGGCUGCCGCUCAAGAGGUGACCAAUGGCAAUGGUUGGAUGGGCGUGGCCAUGUGGAGUGUGCACGAGCGUGAUGUGCAGCGAGUCGCCGACUGGGCCUGGUCCGUUUUGGGGACCUGUCUGUGUGCCAUGGGGUCCAUCCUGCUCUCGCAAAUGUUGUGACAAUAAACCAGGGGGGUUGGGGGAUCCAGCAGGAGAAGGGGGUGGAGAAAAGAACUGGCUUACAUUUUUCCUGACUUUAUGUAAACCACUUCCGAAGUUCACACCGUUCGGCAGGAGAAGUAAAAUUGAGAAGUCCUUUGGCGUGUGUGAGAAUGAGUGCAGGAAAUUUAUACGUAUACAAAUUUAUAAAUUAAUAGUAAUCAAUACACCCCCAAGCCAUAACUACUUGUCCUAAUGCAGGACAAGGUGCUCUAAAGUCUGUAUCAGAAGCAUAGGGUGUGGGGCAGGGUACGACCUGAAGGCGACACCAGUCCGUCAUGGGGGAACUAUAUACGCGCGCACACAUACACCAUACAGAUUAUACGUAUAAUGUAUUUACUGUAUAAUACUGCACUGCAUGUUGUUAUAGUAAUAUGUUUAAAUAACACCAGCUGUUAAUAUGUGAUCAUAGCAUAAUUUUUAAGAUUGUGCUCCAUGGACACCUGUUGUGUUUUUAACAAACUCCCUUUAUGGAUAUUUAUAGUACAGUAGUGCCAUAAGGGGUUCCUCCAGUGGUGGGGUAAUAAGUGUGAGCAUGUGACACUUCAUAAAUGCUCACAUAAUCUGGUAUUGGUCAUUCUCUUAUUUCCCCUCCUUUCUCUGACUUCUGCCUUCCUUCCAACUGUUUCUAAUGAUGGGUGGUGAAAUACUGUACUGUAUUACUGUCAGCAUGUAGUAAACACAGACCACUGCACACCAAACACUACCAUAUGUGUUCCAAAUAAAAAAAUGUAUUUCUGGCAUUAUCAUUUAUGAUUAAAAAAAAUAUAAAUUCCAUGUCUUCUCCAUUGGCACAGGCAGAAAAUCUCUUUACGUUGUUUUAUACUCUUUUCAACUGCA